CCUCCGCUCCUCAGUCGUCACCGUUAAUCAGGAGACUCAUCUCAGCACAUCGGAAACGUCGUUCGAUUCACCGGAGAGAGGGAGGAAGAUGGCAUCAGGGUGGGGAAUCACAGGCAACAAAGGCCGGUGCUACGAUUUCUGGGUCGACUUCAGCGAGUGUAUGUCCACCUGCAGAGAACCCAAGGACUGCGCUCUCCUUCGCGAAGACUAUCUCGAGUGCCUUCACCAUGCCAAGGAGUUCCAACGAAGAAAUCGGAUUUAUAAGGAGGAGCAGCGUAAAUUAAGAGCUGCUGCGCGGAAGGGCAGUGAGGGGAAAGAAGGAGUUCAUAACCAUCAUGCAUAGUCAUGAUUUGUAAUCUUUGAGAAUUCUCAUAAUAAGAAUGCGGGGAGAUUGUUGUUAUUUUGUUCUGGAUUGAUCUUCUCUAACUUGGUUUGAAAUUACAUGAUUUUGCUUGUGAGGGAUAAUGAUGUUUUUUCAGCCUCUGAAAUGAGGUACUCAGGCACAAGAUAUUCAAUAUGUGUAUUUUUAUUUAUGAUUGUUGUGAGUUGCAAUAAUUAUCGUGAGCCAUU